AUGGUUGUACACACAACGAGAUUGUUAAUCCUGACCGAUGUUGCUUUUAGCGCAAUCGGGGAUGCGAAGUUGGCUGGACCAGAAGCGCCAGUACAAACUCUGGAAAGGGGCACGGACCCACUUCACGUAGAGAUGCGGAGUCACUCAGUGCAGACGCGUCUCUCCUCCCUCCCCUCUCCGCAGACGAUGUCAUCCACAGCAGGGGCAGCGAACGCGACACAGCCGUCGGGACCCCUUAUCCUUCACCGAGUCAUUGUCGACCCCUCUGCCGAGGCGGCGGCGGAGGAGAGUGGUGGGAGUGGUAGCGGUCUCACCGCCAUUCUGCCUCUGCUGAAGCAGUGCACUCGCUGUGGCUCACAGCGCGUGCGUCUCCUGCUUGUGGAACGACCACCUCCACCGCCACCGCAGCCCCCGGCCACCCCCUCGUCUGUUACCCACACCUCGCGAUACCAUCGACAACAACAACCGCAUCCCCACCGUCCGCAACGGACAACGCUACCAAGAAUGAGCCAGACGGUUAGAAAAUCGAGUGACCAGGAAACAAGCCAUCAUCUUCAACAGCAACAUCACCACCAACCUUCACGGCAGCUACGGCCUACACCGACGAUCCGGUCACUGACUCAACCCGUAAAGUAG